AAAGCUGCAGGAAUGCAGUCUGGUGGCCACCAGGCUCCAAGGGUCACCAUGGCAAGGUGCUCUUGGACAAUUUUGUUUCUUCUCUCUGCCCUUUUCCUCCAGACAGAACAGACAGUAUUUAUAUCAGCUGAUGAUGCAAACAAUGUCAUCAAGAGACAGAGGCGUGCCAAUUCCCUACUUUUGGAAGAGGUCCUCCAAGGCAGCUUGGAAAGGGAAUGCCUUGAAGAGAGAUGUACUCAUGAGGAAGCAAGAGAAGUGUUUGAAAAUGAUGAAAUGCUUGAAAUGUUUUGGGAAGCUUACUAUGGUGGCAGGAGGUGCUCAUCCAGCCCCUGCCAGCACGACGGAGUGUGUGAGGACAGCAUCCGCGGCUACACCUGCACCUGCGCCGAGGGUUACGAGGGAGAGAACUGUGCUUUCGCCACAAAUGAAUGUCGCCACCAAGCAAAAGAAGGAUGUCACCACUUCUGCUACCCAGGAAGCAAUUCCUACCAUUGUUCCUGUGCUGAUGGCUAUGAGCUUGGGAAGGACAAAAAAGAGUGCAUUGCAUUAGAUCAAUGUGCAUGUGGCAGACUUCAAGACAGUGACAAUCUGAUAAGUGGAACGAGGAAGAAACGUGAUGAGCGAUUUCCUUGGCAGGCCCUGAUGCUAAACUCAGAAGGCAAGGGCUUCUGUGGAGGAGUGCUGCUGAAGAGUAACUUUGUACUGACUACAGCAGAGUGUGCCCUUCUGCACAGCCACUUUGAAAUCAGGGUGGGUGCUGGGCCCAAUGGAACUGAGAAAAUACUGGAAGUCAGUGAGAAACACAUACACAUCCGGUAUGAUGAAGACACUGGUGAGAACAACAUCGCAUUACUGCAACUUCAGGAGCACGUUGAGUGCAGCAACCACCAGCUUCCUCUCUGCAUGCCUGAAAGAGACUUUGCAGAACACAUUUUAAUCCCCAAAUUCGCUGGUACAGUCAGUGCCUGGAGACUGGAAGGCGAUGAACUUCGAAGUGAGGAGUUGCAGGUUUCCUACCUUCCUGCUGAGGACUGCCAACAAAUACUCAACAUCAGCCUCACCAACAGGCAGUUCUGUGGAGCCCUCCAGGAGACUGUAGACAAACAACUGGCUGGAGGAGGCUUUUUAGCUACUGAGUACAAGGGCACUUGGUUUCUGACUGGUAUCCUGGGAUCUUGGCCACUAGAAGACACCGAGUGGAAAACACUUCUAUUCACUAACACAGCAAGGUAUAUGAUAUGGUUUAAACAAAAAAUGAAGUAAGACAUAAACACAGCCAACCCUCCAGCACCAAACCUCUGCCAGUCAUUGCAAGGAAACAUUUGAAUGCAGGCAGUACACUGAAUUGACUCUCCAUCAUGAUUGCAGCAAUGGAAGUUGCAAUGAGGACAGGUAUAUAACUCCAGUUCAUACAGAAGUGCCUGUUUGCAUUUCAUCUUCUGUUGACACACAGUACUCUCAUAGCCAAGAUAUGGUAACCAGUUAUUUCAUUAAAAACUUACUGAACUUUUAGUUUUCUGGAACUAUUAAUCCUAAAAUUUAUAGAAUUAUUUAGGUUGGAAAAAGACCUCUGAAAUCAUUAAGCCCAGCCACCAACCCAACACCACCAUGCCAACUAACCCAUGUCCUGAUGUGCUAUGUCCACACAUUUCUUGAACACCUCCACAGACGGUGACUUCACCGCUUCCUUGGGCAGCCUCUUCCACGUCUGACUACUCUUAUAGAGA